AUGGUGAUUUGUUACCUUGUUCUUGAUCUAAUCGAUCAGCAACAGGGCGAUUCCAACGAUGAUAUUUCUCGAGUAGAUGCUGCUCAUGACUCGGGUUUAUCAUUUGAAGAGUUACAAGAAAUCAGUUGUUUCUACCUCAAAGGACAAAAAAUCUUAUCUAUCCAAAUGAGUUCCUCUGCACCUGAACUCCCAUCCCCUCUCUUUUUGGUUGUCAUUAUCGUGGUAUAUAUGGUAAUUUGUUACCUUGUUCUUGAUAUGAUCGAUCAACAAGUAGAUUCCAACGAUGAGACUUCUCGAAUGGAUGCUUAUGACUCAGGAUUAUCAGUCGAAGAGUUGCAAGGAAUCAGUUGCUUCUACCUCAAAGAAGAAGCAAAUUCAUCGAUGUGUGUCAUUUGCUUGGAUAGUCUAUGUGAAGCAGAAUUGUGCAGAAGUUUUCCACCUUGUAACCAUGUGUUCCAUGCUCAAUGUCUUGAUCCUUGGUUAGCCAAAAAAACAACUUGUCCAACUUGCCGAACGCCAUUAAGACCAUAA